AUGGCAAGUGGGAAGAGUAUAUUCUUCAGUUUGUUCACCCUGCUGGGUCUUGUGAAUGCCCACCAAACCUUCCCAGGGAGGAUCUUGAACCGUGCUUCAGAGGUUGAACAAAGUUAUGACUAUGUCGUCGUUGGAGGAGGGCUGAGUGGGCUUGUUGUAGCAAAUCGACUUUCUGAGAAUCCUGAAACGACAGUUCUCAUCAUUGAAGCUGGCGGGUUCACCGAGAAUGAAGAUUGGAUCACAAUCCCCCUCUUGUCAAGUGCCAAUGUUCCCGCUUUGGGCAAUGGGCCUAGAGGAACGAAGUAUGACUGGAACAUGACCGGCAUUCCUCAACCAGAGCUUGGCAAUCGUUCAAUUCAAACCCCAGCGGGGAAGGUCAUCGGUGGUGGAACGGUUUUGAAUGGAAUGGUCUUCAACCGCGGGUCUAAAGCAGACUAUGACCGUUGGGUGGCCCUUGGGAAUCCCGGAUGGGACUUCGAGAAUUUGUUGCCGUAUUUCAAGAAAGCCGAGAAUUUCACGCCUCCUGAUUCGAAGGUGGAAGAGGAAGGCUGGGACAUCGAGUAUGAUCCCGCUUACCAUGGUGAACAUGGACAUGUGCAAUCAAGCUUUGCGCCUUUUGUUUGGCCCUCAACAAGAAACUACAUUAAUUCGAUGAAAGAACUGCAUGUACCAAACAUCGAAGAUGCGAUGGGAGGAAAUGCUGCCGGCGCAUAUUGGUUCACUCAGUCGGUAAAUCCAAAGAAUGAAACUCGAUCCACUGCUCAGGGAUUUUAUGACCCAAGCAGGCCCAACUUGCAUCUCUUGAUUGGCAACAGAGUCACAAGAAUCAUAAUAGAUUCCGGAAAGGUCAAGGGCGUAGAGUUUUCAGCUGAAGAAAAUGCUGCGAGGAGCACUGUCCAAGUUUUGAAGGAAGUCGUUCUGUCAGCUGGGACUUUGCACACGCCCCAAUUACUCCAGCUCUCUGGCAUCGGCGACAAAAUACAUCUUUCGAGCUUAGGAAUUGAAACAGUCGUUGACCUUCCAGGUGUUGGAUCGAAUUACCAUGACCAUAUACUGCUGUAUACUGGCCAGAUAGGCAACAAUCAAACAUGGACCUCAGAACAGCUUGCAUUGUACGAAUCAAAAAAGGAAGGGCCGUACACCACUCUCGGAGGCAACUUUUUCGCCUUCCUCCCGGUCGGAACAUUCUCGAAUAAGACUGCACUACUCUCAGCUGCCGUAGCUCAAUCAAAGUCGCAAUACCUGUCAUCAAAUACCCCAGCUACAGUGCGAGCAGGUUACGAAACUCAAUUCGCUCUUCUCGAAAAAGAUAUCACAUCACCAUCGACGGCAUAUUUGGAAUUCAUCUUCGCUGACACAGCAAUAAUUCCAGCUCUGCACCAACCCUUCAGCCGCGGCACUGUCUCCAUUAAAAGUACUUCUCCCUUCGAUAGUCCAGUCAUUGACCCACGUUAUCUGAGCAAUCCCCUUGAUCUUGCCCUUUUUGUCGCAGGUUUCGAAUAUGCGCGGGCGAUCAGGAAAACCAAUGCCAUGCAGACAAUCAACGUGAUCGAAACAUAUCCGGGAGCUUCAGUGACGACAAAUCAACAAAUUGAAGAGUUUGUGAGAGCCGGUGUGGAUACUGAACAUCAUCAUGCUGGGACGGCUUCUAUGUUACCGCAAGAACUGGGUGGGGUAGUUGAUCCCGAACUCAGGGUAUAUGGCGUAGAGGGCUUAAGGAUUGUGGAUGCAAGCAUCGUACCCAUGCUUCCAGCUGCUCACUUGCAAGCUACUUUGUAUGGAAUUGCUGAGAAGGCAGCGGAUUUGAUCAAGAACAGUUACUCACGAUAGGAUGCUUUCCUUUAGAAAAUGAAUGCGGAAUACAGAACGCACAGUGGUAACGACUCGAGAUUCAAAAUUCGACUGCACGUGCU